AUGCUCAAAAACUCCCAAAUUGCCGAGGACGCGGUCGCCACCCAGGCCCGCAACCUGCCCCUGCUCGCCACGCGCGAGCUCUGCGCCGGCAAGACGUACAUCGUGACGGGGGCCAAUGUCGGGCUGGGCUUCGAGGCGGCCAAGCACCUGGCUAGCCUGGGCGCGGGCAAGGUGGUGUUGGCGGUGCGCACGCCGGCCAAGGGCGAGGCGGCCAAGGCGGCGAUCGACGAGGCCGCGGGCACGGGCGCCGCGGGGGUGGUGGAGGUGUGGCCGCUGGACCUGGAGCGAUACGAGAGCGUCAAGGCGUUCGCGCGCCGCGCCGAGGCCGAGCUCGACCGCAUCGACGCCGUCGUCGAGAACGCGGCCGUCGCCCUCGCCACCCGCCAGCUGGCCGAGGGCCACGUCAAGCCCCUCACGGUGAACGUCUUGAGCACGUUCCUGCUGGCCGUGUUGCUGGUGCCGGUCAUGAGGGAGAAGGCGAGGAGGGCCGGGGACGGGGUGCUGCCGCGCCUGGUGGUCGUCACAAGCCGGGCCGGGUUUGAGGAUAAAUGCAAGGCGGACUGGGAGGGCAUCAAGGCGGAUCCGAUCAAGGGGAUGGACGCGGAGGAUAUGGUGCCCGUGAAGACAUACCCGCUCUCCAAGGUCACCGAGACCUUUGCGCUCCGUCACCUCGCCCGCGAGGUGGUGCCGGUCGAGAAGGGGGGCGUAAUCCUCAACCUUGUCUGCCCCGGCCUCUGCAUCACCGAGCUUGGCAGAAACGCGCCGCCAGAGUUUGCCGCGCGCCUGCGUGCCAUGCAUGCGAGUUACGGGCGGACGGCCGAAGACGGCAGCCGUACGCUGCUGCACGGCGCCGUGGCCGGCGUGGAGAGCCAUGGGACGCUGCUUCACUCCUGCGCGGAUGGCGAGCCCGACGUUCCCGACUGGGUGAAGAAUGAGACCGAGGUGCAGAAAAAUACCUGGGAAUUCAUCGCCAAGGAGCUGGAGGCUAUCGAGCCAGGUUGUGUGAGCAAGCUCCUGUAA